GACGAUGCUGAAAUACAUAAGAAAAUAAACAAGUCUAAGCAUUGUUUUCAUACAUACAUAAUCCAUUUUUUACAUUUUGGUCUCUCCACCCCACAACCCGAACAGGCCAAAGAACUAAACAGUGGUUCAGUCUUCAGACCUUAAACCGGCAGUUUUGAAUUAAAACCCAAUUAUCCCUGGAAAUUUUAGAGUCCAUUGCAGUAGUUUAACUAUUUUUGCCAUUCUCAAUACUUCAAACGUCAACAUUCCAUAACAGUUCAUCACCGAUUCUUAUCGGCGAUUCAGGCUAUCAAAAAAUAAUCUAAAAGAUGAAAAGACUAAUUCUGUCCAUGUUUCGACAAAGUAAAGUGCACUAAUUAAAUCCCCUCCACCACAGUUAGCCAGAACAGCUAAAGAACGAAGAAGUUUUGUGAAGAGGAAGAAAUGUAAGGGCAGAACAGGCAGCAACAACAAGGGAGAAGAGUUGAAGCUGCAAAGCGAAGCCCUAAUUCAUCACUUUCUGCACUUUUCAAUAGGCGUCUGGGCAAUUGCUAAGCGGCCGCAGAAACCUACGUACAGUGCAUAAUCAUUCUUCAAAUCAUUGAAUGGAUGAAUUACUGCUACAGCUACUAUUAAAUAUCAGUAAAUCUGAUGUCUACCGGAAAAAACGGGGAAGAGACAUCAAUUAGACGCUCCGCCUGUGUGGUGUAUCCUGAAGGGCAUCGUCAAAUUUGGUGAUGAAACGGCUAUGAUUUAAAGGGAAGAAGCUCCAAAAUAUGGAAGAAGACCUAGCUAGCAUUUUACAUUUUGAACGCCAAGUCCAUUCGGUUCGUUUCUGGCCCAUUAAACUUGCAUAGUACAUAGUACAUACUGCAUACUCAAGUAGUGUUCUAAGCCCAACUGCAACUCUAAUUCUCAACCAUUUUUAAGGAGUUCUAUUCAAGUCAUAUGGAUUUUACGAAUUCUCUCUCUAGGCGAGAGCUUUCUCUAUAGGCGGCUGUCUCCCUGAGUUAGGGGUUGUUUUUCUCCGCUUUCGUCUUCGAUGAAGUGCGGCUUUCUUGUGUGGCUUUCGUCCACCUUUCGUGAGGCUGUCUUAUUCGGCAGACUGCAGCACCUAUAUGACGGCCAAAGGUUGUGUACCCCUAUCAACAGGUGAAGAGUUUCGAGUAUGUUGUUCAUGGUUGAGAUCAGAAGGUCAUGGACAAAGCGUGAGGCUAUGGGCUGGAACAGAUCUAGACCGGAGGCAAGGAGCGGAAGAUGCUACAAUAUUGUUGGACCGCCCCCCUCCUGAACUGCCGUCAUGGAGUGCAAGAGAGUUUAGGGUUUGGAAGCAGUAUUUUAAUUUUAUUGUUUGCUUGUUAUUUAUUUUUCAUUAUCAGACUGUUUAUUUUUUUGUUGGUUACUUUUAUUGUUGUAAGACUCUUGCAUUAGGAUUUGGUGAUGGGAGAUUUGCUUUAACAGUCGUUGGCUCAUUUAUGCCCAAUAUAGGAUCAACG